GUACGGUCCGGAUUCAUUUCAAAUGGAGUGAGCGCAGUUCAGUGACGCGCCCCGCGGGGUCACAAGAUGGCUGCCUGCUUUAUACCCAAAAGACCAGAACAGAAACGAAACAAAACAGAGAGUGGAGCAGAAAAAGAAGACGCGCUGGUUAUGUAGGUUUGUUGUGCUGAAGGAGGACAUGCGAUGGACACUGGACAGAGACAGAGAAGGCGGAUGACCAGGGCCUGUAAGCGCUCCAGCGAGCACGGGGAACACGUCCCGGUCCUGCGCUCACUGAGCACCGGGAAUGUCCGAGCUCACAGCACCGCCACCGCCGCCAUGGAAGAAGGAGAGGGAGAAAGAGAGGAGGAUCACCCUCUGGAGCAGACGGUGUCGGCGCCGCGGUACAGCCUGGUCCGGGAGGUCGGCCGCGGCAGCUACGGCGUGGUGUACGAGGCGGUGGCGCGGAGCUCCGGGACCGUGGUGGCCGUCAAGAAGCUGCGCUGCGACGCGCCUGAGAACGUGGAGCUGGCACUGGCCGAGUUCUGGGCCCUGACCAGCCUGGAGAAGCGGCACGAGAACGUGGUCCAGCUGGAGGAGUGCGUGCUCCAGAGGAACGGCAUGGCGCAGAAGAUGAGUCACGGCAACAAGAGCUCCAGACAGUACCUGCGCCUGGUGGAGACCUCGCUCAAAGGUGAGCGUGUUUCGUGUGCUGAGCCGUGUUACUUGUGGUUCGUGAUGGAGUUCUGUGAAGGAGGCGAUCUGAACCGCUUUGUCCUGUCCCGGCAGCCGGACCCGCACACCAACACCAGCUUCAUGCAGCAGCUGAGCAGCGCCGUGGCCUUCCUGCACCAGAACAACAUCGUGCACAGAGACCUGAAGCCGGACAACAUCCUGAUCUCGGAGCGUUCCGGAGCGCCGGUGUUGAAGGUGGCAGACUUCGGGCUGAGUAAAGUGUGCGCGGGACUCGGGUCCGGGCCAGGGGGCUGCUCCGACAGCGAGGACAAAAAUAAACCCGAAGUCAAUGUGAACAAGUUCUGGCUGUCAUCGGCGUGCGGGUCGGACUUCUACAUGGCGCCCGAGGUGUGGGAGGGGCACUACACGGCCAAGGCUGACAUCUUUGCCCUAGGCAUCAUCAUCUGGGCCAUGAUUGAGCGGAUCACCUUCAUAGACAGAGAAUCGAAGCGCGAGCAGCUUGGGACAUACGUACGCCAGGGCGCCGACAUCGUACCCGUAGGCGAGGCUCUGCUUGAGAACCCGAAGAUGGUUCUGAGUAUCCCGCAGCGGCGCCGCUCGCACAUGUCCUCCGCCCUCCGCAAACUCCUGCAGGACAUGCUCUCGGUCAACCCGCAGGACCGGCCUGACGCUCAGGAGCUCCACAGCAGGAUCAGUCGUGUCAUCUGUGCUGGAUGAACUCGCACAUUACACACACACACACACACACUCACACACACACAGGCUGCUGUUCUUCAGGACAACUUCUGCUCCAGCUUCAGAUUACUGUGGAGAUUCCUGCGCUGUUCCUUUGCUCUCUCUCUCUCUCUCUCUCUCUCUCUCUCUCUUUCUCUCACUCACUCACUCACACACACACACACACACACACACACACACACACACACACACACACACACACACACACACUGUUGUUCCCAAAGCAUGUGCCUUGAACUCCAGAUCAUUUCUGUACCUGAUAAUUUCCAGCAUCUUCAUCACCUUCAGCCAGGUUCUUCCUCAAGAUUUAAAAAACACUGAUUUCAUCUUGUAACAGAUCCAUCACUUCUCGGUUUUGACGUUUCGGUGUCACCAUGGUUACUUCAGUCUAAAACGUAACGGUUUCCGAGGUUACCCUCGAUGCCGUGCCGAUCUUCUGUAAUCUCCUUAGAGAGACUGAUGCGGCGGCACUUUAGUGCUUUAGCUUUCUCGCCUCCUCGUCUGUACGCUCCACUCAAGCUUCCGGAAACUUUCACGCUAAUAAGGACGUUGUCGUUUAACUAGCCGAAUAUCUGUCUCCAGUCGCCGCAUUGCAUCCUGGGACUUUGGCCUAGUCCUUCAGUGCCUCGUCCAGGUGAGAGAGGGUGGAGUAAGUUUAGUGGGCGGAGUUCAAGUUUAAUUAAAUCCCCAGAAAUGAGAGAUGAAACACCUCGCUGCUUUUUUUUAUUUUUUAUAUAUAUAUUAGACUUUUUCUUUUUAAAAAAUGUGAAAAUUAAACACUAGCUUCAUGAUUUAAUUCCACACCUAAACUGUGUGUGUGUGUGCGCGCGCGCUUCUACCUCGCUUUUCUUCAGUAUUCACUUGGCGUUUGUACAGAAAUGUUACACGUUUUCAUUUUUUAUAAUUUUUUCUAUUUAAAGAAAGAUGCUAGUUAACAAAAGACUUGGCUCUUUUUUAUUUUUUUUUAAUUUGUUUUAUUUUAUUUUUUAUUUUUUUAUUUCUUCCUUGCUGGUGUUCCUGACUGCAGAUUGUUCGGCUUCCUCUGCUGCUGCUGUUGAAACCUCGAUACCUCAGAGAGAGAUUUUUUGUGACGCACCAAAUGUGUGUGUUUUUUUCCCUUUUCCUUUUCUCUCUCUUUUUAAGUUUUUGUUUGUUUUUAAAAACCUGGUGACCGAAUGACAUGAGACUGAGAGGGACGUGUAAACGUGAACAGCUGGGAUUCUCUGUAACGUGUCUCUAAUCAGCUGGUUUUUAUUUAUUUAUUUUUAUAUUUCUUGUCUUUUUAUUUUUUAUUCUCUUGGUGUUAAAUAAAGGAUCAUCACCACGCAGAGAGAAAACAGGAAGUGAUCAACAUUUUCUGGAUUUUUUUAUUAUUUAAUACAUUUUUAUUCCUGACUCACUGAAUAAUAAUAAUAAUUAUCCAUUAUUAUUAUUAUUAUUAUUUGACUCCAGCUCUUUUUUUUCUGUUCUGUCGCUCUCUUCUUUUCUUUUUCUUCUGCACCCUGGAGAGAGAAUUAUUCAUGUUGUUUUUGCGCUUGUUGCAUUUCAUCCAAUAAAUAAGUUUAAGAAAAAUGUCUGAUUCUUUCAAACUGAAGGGUGAAGGACAUUAAAGCGGCACUAUGUAACUUUCUGUAACGGCUUCCUCUGUUCCAUAAACAUAAAAUGUAAACCUGAACUGAAGAAAGAGCAUGAAGCUCACUGGCCAGGAAAUACA